UCCGUCUGCAGGGCUGACUUCCGAGCCCCCAGCGGCCGCAGCAGGUCCCGCAGCGCCGCUCUCAGGGAGCCUGAUCCGCUUGGCUCCGCAGCACGGUGCCGCCUAGAGGGUUCCUCAGGGCGAGUUCAGGGUGCCCGGCAGGAGCCACCCUCGUACCUGAGGGAGCGCAGCGAACAAACGCAGGACAUCACACCAGGACGUCUGUCUCUGCCGCCUACGAGAGGUACCAUUCCCCGCCGGCUGUCUCUGCGUGCAGAAUAUGCAUUUUGCCACAAGAAGAUGGUUCUACCUGCCUUUGGGUUGCAUGUUGCUGAUCCAUCUGACUCAUGCUGACUUUGAAUUUCAAAAGGGGGUACUUGCCAGCAACAACCCAGGGAUCAUGGAAGACAUUGAUCCCCAGUGCUGGAAUACUUGCUCUUUGACAUUGAUAGAGCUUAAGGAACUCAAGAUAGAGCACAAUGUGGAUGCUUUCUGGAAUUUCAUGUUGUUCCUGCAAAAAUCCCAGUGGCCUAGACAUUAUAAUGUCUUCUUAAGCAUAGCUCAGGAUUUCUGGGACAUGUAUGUAGACUGCUUGCUUUCAAGAUCUCAUGGAAUGGGCAGAAGACAGUUGAUGUCUCCCAGGACUGGAUUUUAUAAAACGUGAGUUUUACAUUUAAGAGAACACAGAAAAUACCUCAAGCAGGAUGGCACCAACCUGAAAAUUUAACCCUGUGUCAGUAUUUAUGAGCUCAAAUGUUUCCUACAGCAUUUAUCAAAAUUGUUA